AUGCUAAAUCACAAGAUGGAGAGUACAAUGGUCAAUCCCAUUGAGCACCAGACCACUGAGGCAUUAUGCACACAAAUAAAUACCAUGCAAACACCUAACAAGGAUCAAGCAAAGGAAAUGACUUCUAGCACAAAACUAAAACACUUUGCUACACUGAAACACUUGAUUGCUCCCCAAGAAAAACUGAAAACAAAAAAAACUCUUGAAUGCUCUUUUUGUCGUCGCUCAUUUCGCCAUAUCUCAGCGUUCACAGUCCACAAGCGCCUUCACACAGGUGAAAAACCUUACAGGUGCCUGAAGUGCGGCAAGAGUUUUGCUCAGCUCCCCAAACUGUGCUCGCAUUCAGAUCUUCACCAACAACAUCAAGCGAUUCCUUGCCCAUGUUGUGCCAGCAAAUUUCAAAAUAAAGAUGAACUGAUUGCUCAUUUCAGGACUCACAUUAAACGCACAAAGAAAUUCAGUUUGAUUGAUGACAUUGCUGAAGGAAAAGACGCUAAUAAUCAACAGGAGGAUGAUUGUACAGAUUCUGCAGUUAUUUCUAAGGACAGGAAGUCCCUGAAGUGCCCCACCUGUCUCAAAGAGUUCAUUAACAGGGCCACUUUUACAAUGCACCAACAAGCCCACAGUGAAGCAAAGCCACACACCUGUCCUGUUUGUGGGAAGAGGUUCUGCAAGUCUUCGAGUUUAAAUGUUCAUGAAAAGUCACACUGGCCUGUAAAGCCUUACGCUUGCUCUGUUUGUGGUGAAGGAUUUGUGAAGCUCCAGGAGCUAAAACGUCACUCUCAAAUGCACUCAGGACCAACGCCUUUCUUCUGUGCCAUGUGCAAGCAAGCCUUCAACAGUCUUGCAUCACUACGCUCACAUCAAGCCUCUCAAAUAUGCCUUGAGAAAGGUGACAACAGGGACGUAAAUGGCUUCCUAGUAACUCAGAGUCUUGAGGGACAGAUAAAUACCCCAAUGUAUUACAAAUGUCCAAUUUGCAAGCAGCUAUAUCGUCACUGGUGCCAGUAUACUCUGCAUUUACAAACACACACUAACAGCCAGCCACAAAUUUGUGAUAUCUGUGGACAACAAUAUGAUCGCGCCCCUGAAGUGAACAUUCAUUGCAAAAUUUGCUGCAAAUCAAGUGGAGAGGAGAGGACAUGUAGUUCAUCCCUGUCUGAGAUUUGGCAGGAACCAAAACAGCCAAACAGUCCGGCACGUGAACCUCCACUUGAUUCUGUGUCCAGUGAUGGUCAGCAAGUAUCUCCGGAUUCAGACCAAAACAAGCAUAAGACUAUUUCAUUCCCAGUGGAGCCAGUUGAAAAGGAAAUGAUAGACAUGCAGUCACCACCUCCACCACCAACUGGCAACCAAAGUGUGGAUGGUCAGUCUGUAAAUAAUGACUUGGACAUCAGUGCUCCCUCUCCAAUUUCUGGUGGUGAGUGUCCCAGCCCAGCUUCCUGUUCUUUGAUAAGCAUCAGCAGUGACCGAUCAGAUGGACAGCCAUCAAGAUUUCGCCCUCGUUCACUAAUCCGGAGCCGCUCUUGCAGAUUCUCAUGUGGAAAGUGUGGAAAGUCCUUUAACCUUUGGAAAAAGCUGUGGUUGCAUCAGUGUCUACAUCGCAAAAAGGGCAGGCCCUUCUCGUGCACUCAGUGUAAUUUGGAGUUUAAGUUCUUCGGCUCGUAUAUCGACCACCUGCAGGAACAUGCGGCCCAGAGGCCUUAUGCAUGUCCCUUGUGUCCUGACACCUUUGCCACUUCAGAAGACAUCACUACCCAUAUUUCUGAAUGUCACAAGCCACAUGACUGUAUGAAAUGUAGCACAUGUGGGAAGAAUUUUUCCAGUCUAAGCAACUUAAAGAAACACAGUGUGCUCCACAAAGGGGCUAGCUCACAUUUCUGCCUGCCAUGCAACCUUUCAUUUCGUAGCAGCAGUGCCUUAAAGACUCACAUGAAGACUCACCGGGCACGUCUCAAAGUCCCUCAGCCUAAAGGCCUUACUGUGCCGUUUUCAUUUCCUUAUAACUGCAAAAAAUGCACGGCCAAAUUCACAAACGCAGAUCUGCUCGAGGCACAUCAGGUUUGCCAUUUUACUGAAGAGGAGGAGCCAGCCAGCUCUCCAGCCAACAUUGUGUCUUGUCUUCCCACUGGAGCCCGAGACAUGCAGGGACUCGUUUCAGGGUCGUCUCGGCAAAAACGCAGUCUUCCAGUAAGCAAUAAAAAAUACUUGUUCAGGUACCCUCAUCCAGACCGUCUGUAUGUUGUACCGAUCAUCUCCUCAGCGCCACCUGUUUUCAUAUCAGAUACAGAAGAAUGCCAAGAAAUGGAUAGCCGAAGUUCCUCCAUUCCUACCUCUACCAAUAGUACUGUGCCAUCUCAUUUUACUGAAGAACAACCAGGCACGAGUAGUGACUCUUCUGGUCAGAAUAUGUCAAAUAUACCUCAGUCCUCAGCAGUUUCCACACAUGUGGACAGGGAUGAGUGCAGAUCAGUGACUGAAACAGGUAGCACCCAUCAUUCAGAUCAGGAUCAUUUACCGCCCUGCUCCUCAGACAAACCUCCCGUCCACAACGUCAUCAGUGACUGUGAUAACAAUCCAGCUGAAGCCUCAACAGUCUUGACGACACCUGAGCAGAAGGAGGCUCUGAAUGACAUCUACGACUGUGCAGUUUGCAUGGAGAAAUUUACAGAUGUGUCAAAGCUUCAUGAACAUUACCUAGAUCACGCCAGGAAAGUGUAGACGUGGUAGAAAUGGGACCUUAUAGGUUGGAUUAAAAAAUGUAGACCCAGUUUCCCGCAUCUGAAUCCUUCAAUCUGAGACAUAAAAGACUUCUCUACACAGGUAUCUUGGAAAAGAAAAUUAUAGCAUAUAUACUGAAAAAAGCCCUUAUAAUAGUAGAGUAUGUUCAUAACCUUUUAUAUAGGCUUUCACAAAAUUCAUUACAUUGUUCCCAACUCAAGAAGGCAGCUACUUUUCUUACUUCAGUUUGUGUAACAUUGAUUUUCUCAAUUGGUUUCAGUGUGUGAUGUAAAAAGUAAAACAUACUUUUUUCUUCUUUUUUACAGUUACAGUUACUCUGAUAUACUGUUUACUUACUCUGACAUACUGUUACUUUAUCUGUUGAAAACCUUUUUAUGUGAUUCUGCUAUGGUUAAAGUUGUAUUUGUUCUUAGAAAAAGGAUAUUUCAAGCUAUUUAAUGCACAUAAUUUCUCAAACAGCUGUGUUGCUGAUGCCUUUAGUUUUGCCUUAAAAUCUAUAUUUAUUAGAUUUCAUACAUCAUCAUUCACAGAAGAAGCCGUGGUGUGAUGAUUUAAAAUCACUGUUGUUCGAUUGUAAAUUUCCAUUGAGAUUUAUUGUAAAGCAUAAUAAGGGUUCAUUGUAACAAAAUGUGAGUUCCUGUUUAAUUUCUGUCAAUGUGAACAUUGUGAUCGUGUGAACAUCACCUCACUAACUGGUGUUGUGUGUUUUAUGUCUCUCUCUUUGUAUCUUCAGAUGUUUAGAAAGUUCUUGUGAAUAUCCAGGUGCAGAAAGCAUGUGAGAUCCUGCACAUAUCAUGUAGCACAUUACUGUGAAUGUUCUGUGGAAAUCUUUUGUAAUCUUUUGUGAUAGGUUUUUUUUUCUGUGAAAAUGAACACUCUUGAUUGUUCUCACUUGCAAUAUGGGGUGCUGAUUUUUUUUUUUUUUUUUCCAGAUGUGACACAUAAACCUCAGUGAAAAGUGACUUAUGCAUGUCAUCAAACA